UACGCAGGCGCCAUUGCCAGGUGCAUUCUAGGAGUUGUAGUAAAUCCAUGUGGCGGCGCCACUAAAAAGACUACAUUUUCCGGGAAUCCCUGCGCGCGCUGGGGGACGGAGCGUGUUAACACGCGGCUCUGAGAGUGUGCUCUAGAGUUUGUGCUGUUGCUUCGGAGUUUGAGCUUCUGGUGCGGCCGUCUGCGCGAUGCCCAAGGCCAAGGGAAAGACUAGGAGGCAGAAGUUCGGCUACAAUGUCAACCGAAAGCGUUUGAACCGGAAUGCUCGUCGGAAGGCAGCGCCACGGAUCGAGUGCUCCCACAUCCGACAUGCCUGGGACCACACCAAAUCCGUGCGGCAGAACCUGGCGGAGAUGGGGUUGGCCAUGGACCCCAACAAGGCGGUUCCCCUCCGUAAGAGGAAGGUAAAAGCCAUGGAGGUAGACAUGGAGGAGAGACCCAAGGAUCUUGUGCGGAAGCCCUAUGUGGUAAAUGAGCUGGAGGCAGAAGCCAGCCUCCCAGAGAAGAAAGGAAAUACCUUGUCUCGGGACCUCAUUGAAUAUGUUCAUUAUAUGGUGGAAAAUCAUGGGGAAGACUAUAAGGCUAUGGCCCGGGAUGAGAAGAAUUAUUAUCAAGAUACCCCAAAACAGAUUCGGAAUAAGGUCAAUGUCUAUAAGCGCUUUUACCCAACAGAGUGGCAAGCCUUCAUCGAUUCUUUGCAGAAAAAGAAGAUGGAGGUUGACUGAGUGGUGUAUACCCCCCAGACUUAGGUCUACUGGACCAAAGAAACCAAAGCCAGGUUUUAAGGCGAGGAGUGUAUAGUUUCAUAUGAUGCUGGCAAAGUCCUAUAGAAUCAGGUUUUACUCCUUUCUCUCUCUCUCUCUUACGAGAAGAAACUU